AUGGAUGAUGAAUGGCUAGUUAUCGUCGACAACGCCGACGAUGUCACUCGGGGCAUCAAAAGGAUUAUGCCGAAGAGAAUAAGAGGAAGAAUUGUUAUCACCAGCCGCGAUGACCAUAGUCAAAAACUGAUCACUUUGCAAACCUUCAAUAUGGUCGACGCAGCCUAUUGGCAUCCUACCUUCAAGCAGACGUACUUCUUUGGAGGUCGUCGCUACGCUCGCAUCAAGUUUUCGCCCGCUACAAAUGACGAGAUGAUUAGCUGGAGCCCCCACAAGAUCGCCGAGGGCUGGCCAUCCCUUGUUUCCAUUGGGUUCGGCACAGUCGAUGCUAUCUUGCCCGUCGAAAAUAGCCCAGACGAGAUGUUUGUCUUCCACGGCCGCAAUGUUGCCCAAAUCAAGGUUGUGCCGGAGACAAACGAUGAUAGCGUGGUCGGUGGCCCUUGGCUCAUUGCCGAAAAGUUCAAGGCUCUGGCCUCGACCGGAUAUGACACCAUCGAUGCCGCAAUGCCCGUUCCCAAGAAACCCGGUGAAGCAUACAUCUUCCGAGGCAACAACUAUGUCAGGAUCAACGUGGACACACACAAAAUUGUGUAUGGCCCGGCGAAGAUCUCGGUCGAGUGGCCAGCCUUGACUGCCGCUGGAUUUGACUCUGUCGAUGCGGCGCUUCCUGUGCCUCAGGAUGACAGAGGCUUAACCUACUUUUUUAGAGGAGACAAAUAUGUCAAGAUCGAGGUUAUUGCUUCAGCUCCAGACAAGCCUAACUUUGGCCCGGCGCCUAUUCAGGACCACUGGAAGUCUCUUGACUGGAUCUGA